ACAGCCCAAUCAAGAUAAGGUAGGGUGAAUCCCAUGCACAGUAUCAUCUGAUCUUCUGGAUCGAACUUGAACAAUUUUAAUGGAUUGUUCAAAGUGGAAAGCCAAGUUCGUGAAAGUCGCAAAGAAACGCAUUCCAAUAUCGACAUGGAUUUGGGAAUAUUCCAGGGAAGAUGUCAUAUCUGACAUAAUCGCAGGUGUAACAAUGAGCCUUACAAUGAUACCUCAGAGUAUGGCUUAUGCUGCUUUGGCCGGCUUUGACCCACAGUACGGUCUAAAUUCUGCUUUCAUGGGCUGUUUUAUUUAUGUAUUAUUUGGUACAGUUAAAGAAGUGAUUAUAGGCCCUUCAUCAUUGAUGUCUCUCCUGACCUUUGAGUACACGCAACAUCUCAAUGUUGACUUUGCCAUACUCCUAUGUUUUACUAGUGGAAUAGUACAAUUUCUAAUUACAAUUUUGCAGUUGGGCUUCCUUGUUAGUUUCAUAUCGACUCCUGUCAUAUCUGGAUUUACAACAGCGACGACUAUCAUCAUUGUCAUCUCUCAGAUGAAGGGGCUCCUCGGUUUAUAUUUUAAAUCCUUUGGUUUUAUAGAUAACCUGAGAAGAUUGGGUGAAAAUUUAAUAAAACUUAGAUUUGGUGACUCCAUUCUAGGUAUAUGUUGUAUCUGUUGUCUACUAAGUCUGAGGAAAUUGAAAGAUGUGAAAAUAUCCAAAAAGGUCCGAGGAUAUAAUGUUUUAAGAAAUUUAUUCUGGUUCCUUGCGACCGGCAGGAAUGCCCUUGUAAUUUUUCUAAGCGGGUGUUUAGGGUAUUAUUAUAAAAGUGCUGGCCUGGAGGUACCAUUCAUCACUACAAAAUCCAUUGAGUCAGGGAUACCAUCCUGGAGUUUUCCCCCUAUAAAGACUCAAGUCGGCAAUAAAACAUACAACCUCCAAGAAAUGGUCAUUGAGCUUGGCUCCGGCAAUCUUGUCAUCCCAAUUGUUUCAAUAUUUGCAAAUAUCGCGAUUGCAAAGGCGUUUGCCAGAGGAACAAUCGAUGCUACCCAGGAAAUGAUGACUUUAUCAUUAAGCAACAUCUUCGGCUCGUUCUUCCAAUCGUUGCCUACAGCAGGUGCAUUCACAAGAAGUGCAGUUAUUAGCGCAAGUGGCGUACGAUCUCCUGUUGCCAAUUUAUACUGUGGGACUUUAACUCUACUUGCCUUGCAGUUUCUCACCCCUUACUUCCAUUACAUUCCACGAUCCACCCUCUCCGCUGUUCUGAUUUCAGCAGUGAUUUUCCUGAUCGAUUGGGAAAUCGUCGUACCUCUGUGGAGAGCAAGCAAGGUUGACUUUUUAACACUGGUCGUUUCAUUUGUCGCAAGCUUGUGCCUUGGAGUGGAAGUCGGUCUAUUAUUUGGUGUUGUAGUAGGCCUGGCAGUUCUCGUGCAGAAAUGGGCACGGCCAGAAGUCUCCACAGAAAUAAAUAAAAACUCUUUAGGGGGGUAUGUAAUUUUGCGACCCGAACUUGGCCUUUACUUUCCUUCCGUCGACUAUUUGACAUCUUUGAUAAUGAAACUUGCACAAAAAGAGUCAUGCGAUCACGGCGAAUCAUUGCCAAUUGUGAUAGACUGUUCAAAAAUAAAAGGAAGCGAUUACAGUGCGGCAAAAACCUUCAAUGCGCUGAGUAAUAAUUUCAGCAAAAGUGGUAAGCAACUUUUAUUCCUCGACGUUCCUUCUGAAAGCAAGGAAAAAUGGAAAAUUGCCGGAUGUAAAGAACAGUAUUUCUGCACUACGCAAAAUUUAAAUCAGGUUUUAUUCGGUUCUUCUUACAGUGCUUCGCUCCCUCUUUUAUACCCAGGUAAACAUGAUGCUAAAUUAGAAGAAACGGAAACAUUGACAAAAAAUGAUGUUUCUACAGAAAAUGAAUAAACUAUUUAUAUUAUUAUAUA